GAGGGCUGCGCCGCAGUGCCGGCGUUUCCCUGGCGAAGGACGCCGCGGACCCCUCGUGCCCAGAGCUGCGCUGCUCCGGCUCCGGCCGGGCUGCGAGGCGGCUGCUCCCGACCAAUGGGUGUUAGCGCCUGCGCUGGAGAUUUAAAUAAUCCUUUGGAGCACUGCUGAGAGCACCGGAGGCUUUGGCAGACAGGAAAGACCAGCAAAGAGGAUGAACAAGCUGCAGAGAUUGCUUCAGAGCAAGAACCUGAUCCUGACAGUGUGUGCUGCUGGGAUCGGAGGCACUUUCCAGUACGGUUACAACAUCUCCAUCAUCAAUGCUCCAACUUUAUACAUCCAGACGUUCAUGAACAAAACAUGGCUGGAGCGCACAGGUGCUCCCCUGGAGAGUGGCAUGGUCUUGAUGCUGUGGUCCUUCACCGUGUCCGUGUACCCCCUGGGAGGCCUUGCAGGGGCUGUUGCUGCUGGCCCCAUGGCCAUUGUGUUGGGAAGGAAGAUGUCCCUGCUGGUUAACAACAUCUUUGUGAUCGUAGCUGCCGUCUUGUCAGGAUUCAGCCAGAUGGCAAAGUCCUUCGAAAUGAUUAUGCUGAGCAGGUUCCUUACUGGUGUGAAUGCAGGUGUAAGCAUGAAUGUUCAGCCCAUGUAUCUGGCAGAGAGUGCUCCAAAGAAGCUCCGAGGGGCUGUGGCCUUAACCUCUGCAUCCUUUACAGCCCUGGGACUGGUGCUGGGCCAGGUUGUUGGACUCAGGGAGCUUCUAGGAGGGGAAGAAAGCUGGCCGCUCCUUUUAGCCAGCAAUGCUGUGCCUGCCCUCAUCCAGCUCAUGAUUCUGCCGUGGUUUCCUGAAAGUCCCAGAUACCUCUUGAUUGACCGUGGAGACAGAGAGUCCUGCAUCUCUGCACUGAAGAAGCUCAGAGGCAGCAGUGACCUGGGAGAGGAGCUGGAGGAGAUGCUAUCUGAACAGGCUGCUGCCAAAGGUCAGAGAGCGAAGAAGCCCUGGGAGCUGUUCCGAAACCCGGCAGUGAGGUGGCAGCUGAUAAGCAUCAUCGUGCUGAGCAGUGCCAUGCAGCUCUGCGGGAACGAUUCGAUGUACUUCUAUGCAGCUUACGUGUUCCAGGAGGCUGGAAUUCCUCAGGACAAAAUCCCGUAUGUUGUCAUCGGCACAGGGAGCUGUGAACUGAUCACGUCUGUUACUUGUAACAUGAUUAUAGACUACGCUGGCCGGAGGCCACUGCUGCUGGGAGGAUACAUCCUCAUGGCAGGAUGGGCCACUGUCUUCAUGGUCGCUCUGAGCCAGCAGGCUCAGAUUAGCUGGAUGCCUUAUCUCAGCAUGGCCUGCAUUUUCGCCUAUAUCCUGAGCUUUGGAAUUGGACCAGCUGGUGUAACAGGAGUUCUGCCCACAGAGAUUUUUGAUCAGAUGUCCCGACCAGCUGCUUACAUGAUCUGCGGGUCUCUGCUCUGGUUCAAUCUCUUUCUGGUCGGAACAGCGUUUCCAUUCAUUGUGAAAAAUCUAGCACAUUUCUGCUACGUCCCAUUCCUUGUGGUUUGCAUCUGCACUGCUCUCUACAUAGGGUUCUUCCUUCCUGAGACCAAGGGAAAGUCCUUCCUGGAAAUCUCGGAGGAGUUCAGGAAACGGAACUUCAGAGCUCAGAGUCAUGAAGCUUUCUAUAAAGGCCCUGAGGAGAUCAGGUCUACCACGUUGUAGCAGAGGGAAGGAGAAUGGCAUCUGGGGGUAAUUCAGCGGUGGUUAUGUUCUCUUUGCAGGGACACAGAGAGAGGAGCAGGGCUGUGGAGAAUAUAGUGCUCUUAAAUUCACCUUGAAAAGAUUUUAGGGCAAGCUACAAAACUCAGCCAUUAGGAUCACAUUAUUUAUUUACUUCAUUUGUUAAACUCCUCCUAAGCCACCAUUUGGCUGAAACCCUAACAUGACUAUGACUUGUCCUCUGUCGCCUCCUGGGGACAUUCUCAGGGACUGCCUUCCUGCUAAAAUGCUUGAGAGUGUCUCUUAAAAAGCAGGUCAUGUGUGACGUGGUGGUUCCACUGAAACACUUCCAAGCAGGCAUAUCAGAGAAAUGCCUGACAGCAGCAUGAUAUAGCAAGACAAGGAACCUGAUCAGCUGAAUUUUAUAACACUCGAUAAACCAUUUAUUGUCUUGCUACACAAAUUUUCCUGCUGCUUUAAAGCAAAGGUCCAUGAGUUGAAAUGCAGAGUGCCUGCUUCCAACCAGGCCAUGCUGCCAGAUACCUAAAUAUUGAUUUAGGAUACUGAAAUUUGGCCCCAGAGGCUUAGAGCUUAGGAUGGGCCUUGAUUAAAAAAGAAAAAAAAAGGGGGGGGGGAAUGAAAUAUAGAUUCCUUCCUUUCCCAAAUUCAAAGGCAGUUUUGGAUAAAUGCACACAUCCUCUGAAGGGUCCAUAGUUAGUAGCCAAAGCUGAUCAGUAUCACAGAUCUUGGUUUACACAGAACUUUGUGCUGUCACAAUUGUGUUGCUGCUUAUGGAGAACAGAUCUAUAAUAUACAUCAUCUACUAAAUGGCAACAAAAGGUUAAAAAUCUGUUGCAGGUUUUCAGUACUAAGUAACGCACAUAUAAGUAACGCACAUAUUAAAGAGUGAUAGGCUGAUGCCUAUUCUCUUAUCAUCAAGCACCACCACGCAAUGCUUCAGCAACUUUCUUCUGAAUUUCUUCUAAAUUUCAUCUCUUCCUUCUCAAACCAAACCAAACAGCAACUUUUUUUUUUUUUUUUGCUUCUAAAUCUGGGCUCUCAGAUACAAAAAUUAACGUGAUUAAAUUCUGCUUUCAGACAGCAGAUGACAUUCUCAGUGCGGUGUCUCAGUGCUCCUGUUUCUGUUAUUAAGUGAUUUCAAAUAGACCACUACUUGUUGAGCAAUAGCAAGCAGUUAAUUAUUUUCGGCUAUAAGUGCAUGUGACGGAUGGAUUAGGAAGAAAGCUUCUAGCACUUUGCUGCAUGGCUUAUACAGCUGGUGUUUGGGCACCAUUUUGCAGACUAUUUACUCUGGACUGAUUUUCUUCAUGGCUUGUUUUCUUGCCAUCCAGUCCUGUGCUCUGUCUCUGGUCCCACCUGGACACUGCCAAUGCAUCUUGCAGGGAUUGAGCCUCCAUGUUAUACCUAUGCUCUGCUGUGGCUAUGGUUGCAGUGAAGAGGAACAUUGGCAAAAUAAGUAACGUUUCUUUCUGUAUAUUUGUAACCAAUUUUAAUAAAAAAAUCCAGCAUUUCUGAAUGUCAUGAAUGUA